AUGCCUAAGAGAUCUGUGGCGCUGCUCGACCGAGCUCGCCUGCCGAAUGACAAGACAGUGUCUGACAUUCUUCAGGGUGAUAAAGUCAUGGGAUGGUUGUACAAAGGAGAACAAUACUAUACGGGACUUUUGCUGAAGAACUUUCGCCACGACAGUCUGGAGCUGGAUGUACCUUUCUUCAAGAAAACUCUGAAGACCUUUUCACUGCAGUUCUUGCGCGUUGGUGAUUCGGCCAGGCCUAUCACAGGAGAAGUCUGUCAAGAAAUUGGCACGGUCAUCUCGACAAACCAUGCAUCUGGCUCCACAUGCUUAAAGUUCAUCAUUGAUGGACAUGGACAAGAACUGGAAUUUCGACUCCAGGACAUUGAGCGUGUCUUUUGGGUUGGCGACACGGUUCGAGUCAUAGCGGGCGCUCACGCAGGUCUGGAAGGGUACAUCAUUAAGAAGUCUGAUGACUUGUUUCACAUGUGUCAAGAAGCCACCAACAAAGAGGUGGAAGUAUCGAAGUACUAUCUAGCUCAUCGUCCUUUGACUCACAUUCUUCAAUCCUGGCCGCCAAUGCAGCCAGAUUUCGACCCUCUCCCCAAGCCUGAAUCUCUUCAAAUCGGGGACGAGAUAGAAGUCGUGAACCCACAUUCAUUUCGCGACAUCAUUGGUAAAGAAGUCUUUAUUCUCAGAGGUGCACGGAAGGGCUACUGA